UAGAAAGGUCGACAAUCCUAAUGUCAAAAUCGGAUGCUAAUCUUGUUACACCAAGUGUGGAAAAUUCCAAUUCUUGUAUGAUACACUUGCUCUUGUCAAAGAAUGUAGAUUCAGGUCACAUUAUGGAGCAUAAAGAUAAUGAAGUUGAAAGAAGUAAGAGCGUUGAGAAGCAACCAUCGAAAACGCUAGUUGCGUCGACUUACGCCAUAAAGGGAGAGAAACCGCAGCAAAAAAGAGCUUAACUUCGGAUCCAACGGAGGAACUAACAAGGCAUGUUAACAUACCACCAUAUCCAGAGCCUAUGUUGUGUCUACCAGCUACUAAGGAAAGAGAGGAUGUCACCAACAACUUUUUACCUCAAGAAGAACCCCCAGAUCAAACUUCAAGUUCUUUUGCUUUGCUAAACACGGGACAUAAGUUCACCAUCGAACUUGACCAAGUAAGUAGUUCACUUGUUCAAUUUGUUUCUAAUAGUUUGAGUGAUGUGAUAAUGAACUUAAUAAGCACUGAAGAAUGUGAGCAAAACGUAGGUUCUUUAAAUGAUCUUAUGGAACGAAUUUCUUGUCGUAAAGAAGAUCGAGUAGUUGAUACACUUUGUGAUAUACUUUGUGAUACAGUUUAUGGAUGAGAGAUUGUUCAAACUAAACUUGUUUUACCUGCUUAUAUUGUUGCCAUGACUGCCAUAACACACUUGUUUCUUGCCCAAAGUGUUGAUGAACUUGCAGGUACCAUCAAAGAACACACGAAACAUAAAGACGAUUCACCGGAAAAGAAGAAACUCGUGGACCAAAGUCAAAACUUGAGUGGACCAGCACCAUUAAUGAUCACACCACCUGUCAUGGAGACUAGGAGAGUUCCAAACUCUUGCCUAAUUAAAGAGGAACCACCAGAUUUUAAAGCUCAAGUCAAAACCCGAGAAGGAGCUACACAAGGAACACCACAAACCAUUACACCAGACCCAAAAGGAGGAGUGAUCCUUUCCUUCUGUCCCAAAGAACAGCCAUCUGAUGCACCAUGCAUCACCAAAUCACCACCACAUCAAGGUAAGACUCUAGCCUCCCGAAAACGAAUAAAAGCUAACUUGCUUUCUCUUGGUGUAGAUUCUAUAGUUUCGAGGACGAAAAUUUUUCAAGGGAGAGGGUAUGAUGCGGACAUCCAAACCACACAAUACCAGGAUGAUGGGAGAAUCAAACCAGCAGCUGAACCAAAGCUCAUUCAAACCGGAUGCACAACUCCAAUCAGACCCGACAAGGACAUAUGCUCAGUAUUUGAAGCAUAUCAGCUCAAACACGACGAUUCAAGGCAUGAAACCACUGGGAGAUUGUUCACAGCUCAGCUACAAAACAUCACGAAGAAGAAUCAUCCAAAAAUCUAUUACCAUCAAGAAGUUAUGGAAGUUACAAGUCAGCAGACCUCCAACCGACGCGACGGAGACAUGCGUCCAUUCAUUGAAUCACCCCGGGCGAACCAGGAGGAACCGAGUUUUAAAACAACUUGUUUUGGAAACUUAACCCAUCAGAGGAGCUUGUCGAAUUGGAAUCAAGUCGAUACCAAUUUUGGUUUGAGAGAUAUUAAGUUUCUAAACCGGAGGACCCUGGACUUGCCUUAUUUGGAGUUUUCCAACUUUGGAUCUUUACAAACGUAUGUGUGGCAACCAGGGGAGCUUCUACAUCAUCUAGAAGACCUUAAGAGAAUAUUUAUGUGCAGAAAGGACCAUUGGAUCAGGUGGAUCCAAUCUUACCCAACCAUACAUCAAGACUUACUAAAUAUAGACCCGAGAGCAUUCAAUGCCCAUCCCCAACGGCUAUGUUCUGAUUUGAGGCAUCGAAUGAGUGUUUCCAUAAGGCUUCUCAAUCAUGGUUACACCCAGAAGCUUUCUAGAUACAAAGGAGGCGAGCACACCUUCCAUUUAUGGCCUAAAUCCGCCAUAAAAGCUCCAAUGGCCACAAGAUCAAGGCACCAUCAACACUUGAUCAUCUAUCAUUUAAUUUUGUGUAUUUUAUUUCUUAUUUAAGCUUUAAGACCGUUUUCUACUGUCCUAGAGUCGAGCCUAUAUAAGCUCAAGUCAUUUCAUUGUAAUACUCACCCUUAAUCAUCGAUUUUAAUAAACGUUAAGUUUUCUUUCAAAGACAA